UAGACGCACGUGAAUGCCCGAGAUUGAUCAGUCUCUUCUCGCCGUCCCUUGCUCAAAGUCUAAAAAAGCUGAAACGACUCUCUCUUGUCGGAUGCGAUGGAAUGAAGCAAAUAAUUUCAGAUCAACCAAUUUGUCUCCCAAAAUUAGAGACUCUUUGGGUAACGAAUUGCCGAGAACUGGAAUAUAUCUUUCCUAUCUCAGUUGCUCGAGGUCUUCAGCAACUAGAAAGGCUAGGCUUAGGAGAUCUUCCCCGAUUAAAGAAAGUAUUUGGCCAGAACAGAGAAGGAGAAGUUGGGGAUUGUGAAAUAGAGAGUCACCAUCAACCUACAGGCUUCCCAAAAUUAAAGACUAUUGAGGUAGUGAAUUGCGGAAAUCUGGAGUAUUUGUUUCCGAUCUCAAUUGCUCGAGAUCUUCCCCAACUAGAAAGUCUAUCAUUAAAAGAUCUUCCUCAAUUAAAGCAAGUAUUUGGCCAUGAAGAAGGAGGAGAUGAUGGGGAUGGAAACAACAGCGUGCUAUCUAAGUUGAGAAACUUAAGAUUAAAGAACUUACCAGAGCUUGUCAGUUUGGGUGGAGGAAAUAGUUCUUCAGUUUGGCCAUCAUUGGAGAGGCUAGAAGUGGUGAACUGUCCUAAAGUGAAGUUGGCUGAUGUGGAAGCGAAUGUGCCAGCUCUGCAAAAGGUGGACAAGAAAGAGAUAAAAAACUAAUAUCCUGCUCAGCACCCAUCCUAGCAAGAGCGUCUGCACAGCGAUUUGCUUGGCGAUAAAUGUGCUUAAUUUGGACCUGAUCGAGCCUGGAAAUGAGCUGCCCAUCAAUGACACUCUUGCUCAACUUCCCAUUUAAGCUCAACCAAUCCUGCAAAUCUGACCGCCACAAGCCAUGAUUAGUAUCCUGCACUCCUAGUUUAUUCAGGAGACGGCAACCUGAUCUAUGGUUGGAUCGCAGAGAACGAAGGUGGUGGUGGUGGGACUGGGACUGAGACCUACAGCCACAUCUGGUGGGCCCUAGCUAGUGCUGCCCAGUUGGGGUGGGCCAUAUCUUCCUUCAAAAGAGGCCACGCCGGCGACUCCCACUUCAUGCCUUUCAAAGCCUUCUCCGUCGCCUCCCUCUUCGUCGGUGCCGCCGCAACCGCCGCAGUUUCCGCCCUCCAUGUCUCCGGCAUCCACGAGGUGGAAGACCUCCUGGAAGUGGGUGCAAAUAUAAGAAAUGGACUUGGAGUUCGUCCAAGGGCACGAGAUGAAUAAGUUACUUCUCGUAUACAUAAAUUGGAAUAUUUUUGUUAUUUUUUAGGCACUGAGUUUUAUUUCUAAGAAUGAUUGUAGCUUUGUCUGGCCAUCUUCUUUGAAGAUCAUUGUCUAUAUUUUUUAAUGAAAACAAAUCCAUUUACAGAGAAUGGAUAUCAUGCAUGCGUAAAAGCACACUCAUGGUUACACUUUUCUGUUUCUUUCCAAAGAGAAGCUAGCAGAAGAUUUUUCUAUU